AGGACAUUCGGCAGUUCCUCCUCCUCUUUCACACUAUCCGCUUUAACGACCCCUUCCUGCUCCUACAAGCAUCACUACCACCCAUCCUCAUUCUCUUCCACCUCCUCAUUCCUCACCCUUCAUUCCCUCAUUUUGUCAUUCAUCUCUUUAACGAGCCUACUCUUUCGUUACAGUUCGCUUUCUUCACACUUCUAAAAUAUACACAUUUUUUUUUAAUCACUCUAAUUUUCCCGAAAUGAAGUUCGCCCUGAAGACAUUUCUCGUAGUUGGGAUUUCUUGCCUCCAACAGCUGGCCUUUGCGCAGACUACAACUACGACUGCAGCUGGAGGAUCUGUCCCUCAGUUCCAGAACACACCAGGCGUUGUUGUGCAGACGCCCUACAACGGGAUGACUGUUAGCCAGGGCACGUUCAUGUCCAUCUCAGCCAUCCUCUCUCCCAGUCGACCCAUCGGCUCUGUGAGCGUGUCGGUCGCAAAGACGGAUGGGUCGGCCAACACGACGGUGAUUGACAUCAAGGGCGUUGGUAUUCAGAGGUUCCUGCAGUUUUGGGACGUCAACACUGAGCUCUUUCCCAUUGGCGAGUAUUAUCUGAAUAUGGUGAUCACACCCAACACGACCGCAUCAGUCUCUCCGACUCUUCCGACGACGACCUUGGUAGCCAACGGUUCUACAUCGAUACAGGCUGUUGUCACAACGACGAGCGCCACGGUACCGGCUCCGACAGCUCCUGCGACAGGAACCCAAUCUGUGUACUACUGGCGGGGAUUGAUUCGUGUGAUCGAACCACGAUCGAAGACCUCGACGAGCGCUGCGGCCUUGGGACAUAGCGCUGGCGCGGUAUAUAAGGGAGGCCUUGAGAUUUUGCACAAGAUGGGUGUUGCGUUGGG